AUGGAUGACGGACUCCAGAUUGAGCAAGUCUCCCGGUUUCCGGCCUUAUUCAACAAAAAAGAUCCACGCUUUCGAUCAAAAACGGCGAAGGAGGCCGCAUGGAUCACAAUAGGGGAGAUCAUGGACGCCACCCCUGAAGAGUGUAGCGCGCGAUUUGUUGUUCUGAGGGCAAAAUACACAAAGCUCAAAAAAGAAAUUAAGCUGAUGCCGUCAGGGGCUGGCGCCUAUGAGAUCGAUUGGCCCCAUUUCGAUGCCAUGGGGUUUCUAGACCCGUUUUUGUCGACCAGGAAAACAACAUCCAACAUGCCAACCCUGGCAGUAGCCUCAACGAGCACUGCUUCUCAGCCCAGCAGCGUCUGGAGUAGCUUCCAGCAGUGUUUGGAUAGUCGAAGCUUCUCAAUUUGCAAUAUACCUUCUUUGAAGUCGCUUCUUGUACACUGUUUCACUGUUAUUUUGCCAAGCCUUUUUACACUUUACACCAUGGAAGCUCUGAAGAAACGUCAACGCUUUUCUGACCAUGACGAUUUGGUGCUGUUACGGGAAGUAUUAUCUCAUAAUCCAUUUAAGAAUCCUGCGUUAUGGCAAGUUAUUCAAGAAAAUGUUUCCAGUUUAACUGGAAAAACAUUCGUCAUAAGAACACUGAGGGAACAUUUGGAGAGGUUAAUAAAACUGUGGCUGGAAAUGUUUAGAAUCUUAAAAGACAAGUCAGGACUAGAAGUAAUCUCUACAGAGAAGGAUACUUCAUGUAGCAAUAUUUAUGAUUUGAUGAAGGAAUUCAAAGUUUCCAAAAAGAAGAAAACCUCAUUCAGUACAUCGAAAACUAUUGGUAUCGAUGCUCGAAACCAAUGGACCCAACUGUUGGAGGCUUCGGGAUCAACAGAGAAUAUAGGCUCAGAAUCCAUCAUCCAUGAGCAUGGCACGGAAGCUGAGGGGGUCAGACCGCAACCUGGAUGUAGCUCAACCAUUGCAGUCCUUGAUGAAGUGGUGGAUAACGAUUUUGAUAGCGAAGAUGACAUGCCUUUAUUAGAGCUCCAACAACAGAUGUCUAGAAGCAAUUUGCCCUCAGAAGCACCUGAUCAAGUCUUUGAAGUUGAGAUUGUUGUCACCGGCAUGAAAUCCAUAGACAAAAAUAAAACAAAAUUUAAACUUGUGGACGAUGAUGUUUCAGUUAUCAGAAGCGAAGAUGUUAUUGAAGUUCAAGCCACUCCCACAUCGAAGUUUGGUCCAGAUAUGAAAGUGUAUUACGAAUUUGCCACAAGUAUUCCAGUUGUUGAAGUUUAA